AAUAAAACGUAUAAAUUUUUUGGAGAUAUUGAUAAUAAUGAUAUCGAAAAUCAUCCAUUAGCUUUACGAGUGGUUCCGCUUCCUGAAUUUACUGUAAAUUGUGCUCCUCAGCAAGAUAAAUCAAAGGAAAAAAUUUUCUUAAAUAUUUUAUUAUUCUUAUUCAUACCACGAUGGUACAAUGUUGGUCGGAAAGAAAAAAAUAAGUUGAGCCCUUUUUUUAGGGUAGUGCGUUAUGAGGACAAUGACGAUAUUUAUGACAAUCCAGCAACCGAAGCAAUAAUAGACUUUCGUUGGAAAAGAGCGAGAACUCACUUUUUCUUGCUCUUUCUUCGAUUUCUUCUUUAUGUCCUUUGUUUUGGAUUAGUUAGUUGGGCAUAUUUAGAUAACACCACUAUUAUGAAUGUAGAUUUUUUAAAGACAUUAAUUGUUGUAUUCUACUAUUUAGCAGCUUAUUUAUCCGCUACAGAAGUUAUACAAUUAAUCUUUCAUGGACCCAGAAAAUAUUUUGAAAGCAUAUAUAAUAUUUUUGAUAUAUUUUCAAUUGUAUUUCCUGUGAUA